AUGAAAGCGUUAAGACUUGUGAAUACUUUUCUUAAUAAAAAAGUUUGGAAUAUUGUAGUUCUUGCUUUAAUAUUCUCUUUUAUUUAUGUAAUAAUAAUUCGCGAAAAAGUGGAGCAUGAAAACUUCAAUAAUUUUAAGAAAUUCCAUUAUGAUUUAUAUGGUGUAGGAGAAUGUAAGAAAUAUCCUAUGGAGUUGGUGUAUGAUAGAAAAGAUUGGCACGAUUAUGAAUUUAUGAAAAAGGAAGCUCAAAGAACAGGUCUCGGUGAACAAGGUGCGCCUGUUGUCUUAACUGACCCAAAGGAUAUUGAAAAGAACAAGCAAUUGAAGAAGCAAGAAGGCUUCAGUGCAUUAAUAAGUGAUAUGAUUGCAUUGAAUCGCUCGGUUCCUGAUACGAGACCAAAAUCCUGUAUGAUGAAAAAAUAUUUAAAGAGACUUCCAACUGCAUCCGUCAUCAUUAUUUUUUAUAACGAAUAUCCAAGCAUUGUGUUACGUACAGUUUAUUCAGUUUAUAACCGAUCACCUCGAGAACUUUUAAAGGAAAUUAUUUUGGUUGACGACAGCAGCACAAGACCAGAACUCAAAGAAGAUUUUGAAAAUCACUUAAGGGAAAAUUUUGAUGAUCGUGUUAAGCUUGUUCGGCUUGAAGGACGUAAAGGAUUAAUAGUUACACGAGAAUGUAAGAAAUAUCCUAUGGAGUUGGUGUAUGAUAGAAAAGAUUGGCACGAUUAUGAAUUUAUGAAAAAGGAAGCUCAAAGAACAGGUCUCGGUGAACAAGGUGCGCCUGUUGUCUUAACUGACCCAAAGGAUAUUGAAAAGAACAAGCAAUUGAAGAAGCAAGAAGGCUUCAGUGCAUUAAUAAGUGAUAUGAUUGCAUUGAAUCGCUCGGUUCCUGAUACGAGACCAAAAUCCUGUAUGAUGAAAAAAUAUUUAAAUAGACUUCCAACUGCAUCCGUCAUCAUUAUUUUUUAUAACGAAUAUCCAAGCAUUGUGUUACGUACAGUUUAUUCAGUUUAUAACCGAUCACCUCGAGAACUUUUAAAGGAAAUUAUUUUGGUUGACGACAGCAGCACAAGACCAGAACUCAAAGAAGAUUUUGAAAAUCACUUAAGGGAAAAUUUUGAUGAUCGUGUUAAGCUUGUUCGGCUUGAAGGACGUAAAGGAUUAAUAGUUACACGAAUGGAAGGAGUCAAACGUGCGACUAGUGAAGUUGUGAUUUUUCUUGAUGCCCAUAUGGAAGUUAAUACUAAUUGGCUGCCGCCACUUUUAGAGCCAAUUGCAAUUUCACCUACAACUGCAGCAACACCUACAACUGCAGCAACACCUACAACUGAUGGUGUUAGUAGACAUGAUCUUAAUUAUCACGGUGUUGGUCGAUACCGUGGGUUUUUUGAUGAAUCGAUGUGGUUCGUUUGGUAUGCUUUAAGGCCAGAAGAUAAAAAUAGAUUUGAUCGACCCUAUCAGGUGCCAGUCAUGCUGGGUGGCUCGUUUGCUAUCAGACGAGAUUAUUUUCAAGAUCUCGGCAUGUAUGAUGAAGGGUUAGAGAUUUGGAAUGGAGAACAAAUGGAACUCUCAUUGAAACUUCAUUUAUGUGGUGGAAAUUUAGUUAAUGUUCCUUGUUCGAGAGUCAGUCAUUUCUACAAGAACGUUAAAACAACUCACACUUUAGAUGGAGUUGACACUACCGCUCGAAACUUCAAGAGAGUUGCAGAAGUUUGGCUAGACGAUUACAAACAAGUCAUGUAUGAUGCUGAUCCCAAAAGAUUUGACGUCGAUCCUGGUGAUUUAACAAAGCAAAAGUUUCUAAGAGAGAAACUCAGUUGCAAACCAUUUCAAUAUUUCUUGGAAGAAAUUUGUCCAGAGAUGUACACACAAUUUUUCUUUCAACGUGAUUAUCCAGGAUUUUUUGCUUUUGGAGCAAUAAGAAGUGAUGAACAUCCUGAUUUAUGCAUGGAAUAUGGGGACGGUAAAGUGAAAUUAUUGAAAUGUGCGAGCGAUGAUCUUCAAAAGCCAAACAAUAGGAACCAACAUUUCACAUUCACAUGGCACAAAAAGCUGAGAUUAUGGAAUUCAAAGUAUUGUGUAAUGCCUUCAGCAAUGUCAUUAAACAACAAGAAAAAUAAUUAUUGUGCUUAUGAUAAAGAAAGCGACUAUCAGAAUUGGAAUUAUGAUAUGAACACCAAGCAACUUAUAAGUUUGGAUAAAGAGAACGGAAAAUGUGCAUCAACUUUAGGUUUUUCAUCAAACAAUGGAAUUCUAAGCAUGCAAGCAUGUAACGCUUCAGAUAUUUCACAAAAAUGGACGUUUGGAUACAUAAAUGAAACAGCAUUAAACAAUUUUGAUAACAUUUAUUUUGAGGAUAAUUUCUUAAAAGGAUAUCAUUUAACAAGUUAAAUUUUAUAAUUUUGAUGUUGAC